AUGUUGCGAAAGAGGUUGAAUUUGAAAGAGAAGCUUGGCUCGAUAGUGAAGAGAGGCGAAUCGCAUGGAACAGACAACGAUUGCUAUGACAUAACAGAUGUAGAAAGUGCAGAGGAAUUGAAAUUGAAAUGUGAGGCGAAUGCUAAGGAAAAUGAGGCUAGUCCGUGGUCGUAUGAAGAAAGGAAGGCAUUCGAAGAGCAGUUAGAACAGUUAGGAGACCAGCUAGGAGACUCCUUGAUAAAGAAUGCAGAACUGGAAGAAGAGUUGAAGUCACUGCAGAGUCGAGACCUUGUGAAGCAAUAUAAAGAAGAGAAAAAAUCAAACAAACUUUUACAAAAACGAGUAAGUGAGUUGGAGAGGAUGCUUGCAACAAUGCGAGAGCAGACAGUUGAUCGAGAUCCUCUAGACAGCUGGGAGACCGUUGAUAGAGAUGAUUUUAUGAACGAAGAAGUUAGUCAAAUAGAGGCUAGACUACAACGGGCUGAAGAUUUAGGUUCCUCUGACGGUUCUGAGGAACAAGUGAUGGAACCAUCUCAGUCUCAAAGUGAGACAGAGACUGCACUGGGUUGGAGGGGCAGAGUGACGAGCUGGAUUUUAGACAAAAUGAUUGAUUUUACUGAUGAACAACCUGAACCAGACUCUCUGGUUAUGUCAAAUUUUCCACUAACAUACAAAAGGCUGAAGAAGAGUCUGAAACGAUUUGGAAAACACUUGAAAUUGUUGUUGAGAAGUGCCACUUGGCUUAAAUCCGUCAUCUCAUGGAACAACCCUUUUCUAACAUUUACUGUUUUUGUGGUGUACAUGUAUGCAGCUUGGCUUGACCUUUUGAUUCCUCUACUACUUCUGUUGUGUAUUGGAAAGCUUAUAGUAAACUACUUCUAUGCCACCGGGAUUGCAUCUCAGUUUGGUUUUACGAUGGAUCAACCUAUUGAAGAGACGAUCACAGAAAACAAAAUGCAUUUGAUUCUGGAUGUUGCUCGACAUGUGCAGAAUAAACUGGCAUUUGCUUCUGAUAAUGCAGAGAAAAUAAAGAAUUUGUUUCUUUGGCAUGAACCAAAAGCUACGAAAAAGCUGAUGAUGAUCUUGAUGUGGGCGUUUCUUCUUACAACAUUUCUUCCCGGUCGUUUGGUGUUUAAAUGCAUUGUUAUGGCUGUUGGUGUGAAGAUAUUUAUCGUUCGUCCCAUUUAUAUUGCCUUUCCGAGGGUGGAAAAGCGGUAUGGAUCUAUUUCAAGGUUAUACAAAGGUCUUCCUACUGACGAGCAACUAAAGAAUUACUACGAGCUGUCCGAGACAGAAAGGGAUAUAAGACGUCGACGUGUAGUUGUCGCUACUCCUGAACAUGCCAGACGCGAGUCAGCACAACCGACUCUUACUCCUGCAGACUACGAGUUUUGUCAGCGAUUUGUGAUUGAUCCUCCUGAAGCACGAAUAAAGCCUCUCGAUGAUGGUGUUGCCUGCCAGCUUAUCGAUCGAAGUCUGUCGGUGUUGCACAUGCUCAAGUCUGGAAAAUUGUACCUUACGACUAGCUUUCUGGUGUUUGAGAGAUUGUUUAGAAAGAAUAAAGGCAGUCUCCGGCAAGAUGAUUAUAUUCUUAUCCCUUUACAGGAUGUCGUCUCAGUCAGAAAGUUUAAACCAUUCGGGUUUCUACCUGGCAAAGGACUUUCUAUUGAAAUUACUGUUACUGAACAAGAGAAGCCUUAUGUGUUUGGUGCUCUACUGUCACGUGACGAGGUGUAUAGGACAAUCCUUGAAACAGGCGCCUCUGCUGGACUAAGGUGGAACAACAUGGAAGAGGAUCAGUCAGGAAAUUGAUUAUUCGUGGUCGUACUGGUAGGAAUUGUAGUUGUUCUUUUCACUUGAUUGUGAGAAUGAGAGAGAUAGAAUUCAUUAUGGGUUUUAGCGUUUUUGACAUGAUUAGCCUAGUAUUAAGGUUUUGCAAGAAAAUUUGCUUUGAUGGGUGUAUAAGCACAUAAAUGUAUGUAAUAGAUACGCGUACUGAUAUAUAGAAGUUGUACUUGUACAGUACUGUAGAUGCACCAUUAUUCAAUUUUU